UCACAAUCUUCCAAAGUUGGUGGGGUUGGUGUAGUGAUUUAAAUGCGUUGUAUUGGAUAUCUAUAAGUUUCAAUUAUCAAUCAAUGAUAAGAAAUUAAGAACAAAGAAGCAUAAAUAAGCCCCACAUAACAAAACCUACUUUUGCAUCUCCCAAAAGAUAAAACCUUGUCAUUGUUUUUGUGUCUCUUAACUUUCUGGUCCUGUCAGAAUCAAUGGAACACGAGCAGCAUCAUUGUACACAGCAUGAACAUAAACAACAAGAACCAGAAGUAGUAGCAGAAGUUGAAGAAUUGGAAGAAGAAGAAGAAGAAGAAGAAGAAGAAGAUGGUGGUUUGGAGAGACGAAAGUUCUUUCCAAAGAGCAAGGAUAUCUCAUCAUUUUCUUCUUAUUCUAAUGGUGGUGGCAAUGGUGUUGAGCACAGUAAUGGGGUCUUAUCUGUGGUCAAUGGCACAGAUGGAUCUCAUAUUCAUAAAGAAGAGGAACAAGAAGAAGAUGGUGAGAAUGGAAAUCAUUUGAAGAAUGAUGAAGCAGAUUCUGAAGCUGUUGGGCUUGGGAUAGUUGCUGAAAUUGUAGGAGUUCCUGCUGCUGCAACAAAUGGUGAUUCUGGAUCCCACAAAAUUAACAGUGUUUACUUUGACAAACAACAAGGAAUGUGGAAAUGCCACCACUGUACAUGGACCAAGUGGUUCGACAGUCCUUGGACUGUGCCUAUUUCCAACCUUAAUGAGUACCCUGACUUGCUGAUGAAUCUCAAAACUUUGACUGGACAUGGACUAUGUUUUGAUUGUGAAACUAAAGGUAAUGAAGUUAAUGGAUCUCAAAACGGUGACCAUGCUGGACUAGUUCUUCCAACAAAUCAUGUGGAAGAAGAUGCAGUCAUUCCCAAUGGUAUAUCCAGUGAAGUCAACAAUGGAUACACAAAAACUGCGGAUGACAAAGUCCCUACCAGUUCAUCUGAAUCACAAGCAACAUAUGUCACAAAAUUUGAUGAUAAAGAAACUAAUGAAAAGGAAGAUCCUAAGAUCAAAGAAGAAAUUGACCAACUGAAAGAUUAUGAUGUUGAAGCUGUAUUGGAAAAACAAGAGACACAUGACUUGUUUUGUCCUAAUUGCCAUUCUUGCAUUACUAAAAGGGUUAUCCUCAAGAAAAGGAAAAGGACUGUUCCUAAUUUAGAAAACAAGGCAGAGUGUCAUAAGUUGGUCGAUACAGUUAGCUCUAAGCCGGUCGAAAGUGUUGCACAAGAAGUCAACCAAGGAGAUCAACCAAAUGCAACAACUGAAAUUGUUAGUGAAGAGCAACCUGAUGAUGAUUAUAAUGGUGACAGAGAACCAGAAGUGUUUAGAUGUUUAUCAUGCUUCAGUUUCUUCAUUCCUAGUGGAAGAUGCUUCAAUCUGUUCCGCAAUGUUGGUAGCGCCCGCGAGCAUGUUACUCCCCAAAAUUCUUCGAGUAUACCUUCGUCUGAGUCGCAAAAUCUUUCGAGUAUACCUGCAUCCAAUUCACAAAAUUCUUCAAAUGUGUCAACAAGCUCCAAAUCAAAUUGGCUAUUCUCUCUAUUUACCCCAAAUAAAGGGAAAAUAACUAGUGAUGCUUCCAUUGAACAUUCUAGAACUACUCGCACCGAGCAGCAUCACUCAACGCCGGCUACUUCCAAUAUACAAACUUCCUCUGUAAAUGGUCUUCCAGAAGCUCCGGUUGCGGAUACAGCUUCAGCUGCGAAAACUGAACCGUGGACUGAAAAUAGCAUCAAGUCCAAUACUGUAUCAAGGAACGAGCAAUCGACUGAUAAAAAAUUGAUUGAUUCAUUGUUUCAGAAUGAUUUGUCAUCUGUAGAAUCUGCAGAUAGUACAUUGCCAGUGAGCUUUUCGGAACAUGAUAGUGUUUCGGUAGCAGCAGCUGCUACUGAAAUACAUCUUAAUGGUAGAGAACCAGCUAAAGAUUCCAUUCUGAAUUCUUAUGAUGGGAAGCCUAAAUUUCCAGAUCCUACAACAUUGUUGACUCCAUUGCUGGAUAAGUCACCAAGAGAAGUAGCUAGUUAUUCUUCUCCGAGGCAAGGAACACAAGCACUGGGUCAAUCGAUUGCCAGUGAUGUAGCUAGUUACAAUCAAGGUUCUGCAAUUGAUGCUAUAAUUCCAUCAAAACAAGAUCCUAUAUUAAAUGGGAAAGAAAAUAAUAAGGGUGGUGGUGAUGUGAUAGUAGUUGUUGACCAAGAAGCAGUUGAAUUCACAACAUCUUGGACAGAAGAUCAUGCUCCAGUUGAAGCUGCGAUUAUUGCUGACUCGCAUACCACAAGCCUUGGUGAACAAGAAAUGGCUGAAAUUAGUGAACCAAAAGAAUGGGAAAUACUCAAAAGUAUUGUGUAUGGUGGUUUAGUUGAAUCAAUAAUUAGUCUUGGAAUUGUGACAUCUGCAGUUGGUUCUGGUACUGCCCCGUUGAAUAUCAUUGCACUGGGAUUGGCAAAUCUGGUUGGUGGACUUGUCAUCCUUGGUAACAAUCUUUGGGAAUUGAAAGAUGAUCACUCCGGAUCCGGAACAAACCAAAUGGAGAUAAACGAUCAAUAUCAAGAACUACUCGGACGUAGAUCAAACUUCUUGCUUCAUGUUGUAGUGGCUGUUCUAUCAUUCCUAAUCUUUGGUUCUGUCCCCAUCAUCGUCUACGGUGUCUUGAUCAACAAGAACUACUAUACUGAAGUGAAGCUCGCGGCAGUUGUAACCGCUUCGCUUCUAUGCGUCACUCUUCUUGCCAUUGGCAAAGUUUACACCAAACCACAACCAAAAGCCUACAUUAAAACUGCAUCAUACUAUGUUACUAUGGCGCUUGUGGCCUCAGGGGUUUCUUACAUAGUAGGCAACCUAGUCCAGGAUCUCUUGGAGAAACUCACUCACUCAGAUUCAGGUUUUGCAAUUGCCAUAUCAAAUUCAGGUACUAAAACAGCAUGGAUGUCUUACUGAAGCACUGGGAAGAAGUUGGAACAUUUUUGAGAGUUACUUGAGUAUUUUUCUCCCGGGAGAUCUUCAACAAAAAUGUUUGAUAACCAAAGAAAAUCAGCCAAAAACAGCAUAAUUUGCCUUAUUUAGUAUUCAUAAAUUAUAGUGACAAUUAAUGAAUACUAAAUAAAGUAAGUUCUGCCUGUUUUUUUUUUCUCUCUCUAACAUUACCGAAUCUUCAAAACAUGUGUUCUCUAAAAGGAAAUAGUUAGGAAUAAAUUGCCUGUGUUAAGGGGUAACAUAUCAAAGUUCAAACAAUUUUGUUUUCAUGUCUUGGAUUUAUAUUAAGAGAAUUCAAUAACAUCUUUGUUCUCCAUAUUCAUUAUCGCAAUGUAUGCAUUACCUUGUUAGCUUUAACUUGUAA